AGGUGACAUCAUCACAUUGGCCAUUGUGACAUCAUCUCUAUGGCCAUUAUGACAUCAUCAUUCUGGCCAUUGUGACAUCAUCUCUAUGGCCAUUGUGACAUCAUCAGCCUGGAAGCUAUAAAACUGCAGCUGGCACUGAGCUCAUUUCAUCGUAAGAGCUUGAAGUGGACACUACUAGUGGACACAUCAUGUAUCUUAAUAUAACUAAUACAAUGUAUCAUCAUUUAUUUAUCAUCAUAAUCGGACUAUUUACUUUAUUUAUGAAUACCACAUCAGCAGUGACGGUUGAGAAUUUCACCUUAUUUAAAGAGAAGCUGACGCUGAAGGCACAUACAAUCAAUGUGAUUCCAUGUAUGUUUCAAACACUGAAACCACUCAACCCACUCAGAUUCCAACUGGAAUGGGGGAAAAUGGAUACGAAAGGUUACACGCCUCUAAUCCACCUGCACGGAGACCGCGUGACAGUGGCAUCCCCCGAUUUGAAGGACAAAUACCACAUUUUUGAAAGCCAGGUGGCAAACGGGAUCUGCUCUCUGGUGAUUAAUCCCACAGAGAUGACAGACAGCGGCACUUAUCAGGUCCGGCUGAAAAUUGUAGGAAAGCUGUACGAGCCGGUUCCAUCUAUAGACAUUCAAGUUGAGAAUCAAGACACAGAUUCACGGGGAUUGUCGGAUAAAAAGUCUGAAACAACGACUAUUGCAUCAACAGCCGCAGCCACUGUCUCUUUUGAAGACGAGAUCCUCCAAUAUAUUAACUCAAGUGCUAAAAGGGAGACUACGACUAGUAUAAUCCUUGGAAUGCUCCUUGUUGUAGGCGUAAUAGGCUUACUAAUAGCAGUCCAACAAUGUAUGAACAGAAGGCCAAAAAACCCGGCUGGUGACGAAGAAAACCCAUCUAGUGACGAAGAAACCCCAUCUAGUGAUGAAGAAACCCCAUCUAGUGAUGAGAAAAAGCCACCAGUUAAGACUUCAAAGAAAGGGAAAGAUAAAAAGGAGAAGAAGAAGAAGAAGAAGAAGAAGAAGAAGAAGAAGAAGAAAAGAGAAAAAAGCGAGUCAGAAAAGUCUUCUGAUGAGAGUGAGGAAAGCGCGUCUAGUAAAUCAGAAGAGAGUGAAAGUGACUAGAACAGGAGUGACUGGACAUCAUUACAAGUAUAUCAUGAGAACAAAGAGAAUUUAGAAGCUUCCUUGGAUAAGAAUGACUUCUUGAUAGAAGAAUAAAUCCUAAAAUUGAAAGACGCUGCUUUAAUUGGAGGAAGGACUUUUGUCUCUUUUCAGCCUCAUCUCCGAUGUCACUAUGGAAUGAAAAACUGAAAGAUUUUCCAAUUUUUAUUCUAAUCCACAAAUUC